UAGUGGAAGAAAGGCAAGGAGAAACGGAGUAAAUGAGAGCACUUCUGUCCACAUUGUUGAAGGACUUACCAACCUAAAACACCGCCGAAACACCAAAGUAUAAUGAGACGGGCACAUUGUUGAGCUGCUGUCCAGGUAAAUGUCUGCCUUUCCUUCGCGUGGCUGUUUACAAGAGGCCGAGAGCUAAAACAGGGUUACCACCAUUGAAAAGGCGGCCCUAAACCCCAGGACCCCAUCUGCAGGCUCCUGCACAGGGCUGAGAAAAGAAAACAAAGUUGUGUCUCUCCCUGUUGGAAACCUGGAUCCUCCACCUUGCCCUCCAACAUGACCAAUGUGGUGAUCGUCAAGGAGGGAUGGCUGCAUAAAAGAGGAGAAUACAUCAAGACCUGGAGGCCGAGGUAUUUUCUCCUUAAGAGUGACGGUACAUUCAUCGGUUAUAAAGAGCGGCCACAAGAUUCUGACCAGCUGGAAACCCCCUUAAAUAACUUCUCUGUUGCACAGUGCCAGCUGAUGAAGACGGAACGGCCCAAGCCCAACACAUUUAUCAUCCGCUGCCUGCAGUGGACCACUGUCAUCGAGCGCACCUUCCACGUGGAGAGCCCCGAGGAAAGGGAAGAAUGGACCAAAGCCAUCCAGGCAGUGACUGAAGGCCUCCAUAAACAGGAAGAGGAGAAUAUGGACUCCUCUCCAGACCCCAUGGACAUGGAGGUCUACCUGACCAAACCCAGACACAAAGUGACUAUGCACGACUUUGAAUACCUCAAACUCCUGGGAAAAGGCACUUUUGGCAAAGUUAUUCUGGUAAAGGAGAAGGCCACAGGACGCUACUAUGCCAUGAAGAUCCUAAAGAAGGAGGUGAUCGUAGCUAAAGAUGAAGUGGCGCACACACUCACAGAGAACAGAGUCCUCCAGAAUUCAAAGCAUCCGUUCUUGACUGGAUUGAAAUACUCUUUCCAGACACAUGACCGCCUCUGUUUUGUAAUGGAGUAUGCGAAUGGUGGCGAGCUUUUCUUCCAUCUGUCAAGAGACCGGGUAUUCUCAGAAGAACGGGCUCGGUUCUACGGUGCAGAGAUAGUGUCAGCGCUCGACUACCUGCAUGCUGAGAGAAACGUGGUUUAUAGAGAUCUCAAGCUGGAAAACCUCAUGCUGGACAAAGACGGACAUAUAAAGAUCACAGAUUUUGGGCUCUGUAAGGAAGGGAUCAAGGACGGAGCCACAAUGAAAACGUUCUGCGGGACGCCAGAAUACCUUGCACCUGAGGUCCUAGAAGACAAUGACUACGGCCGCGCUGUGGACUGGUGGGGUCUGGGGGUGGUGAUGUACGAGAUGAUGUGCGGCAGGCUGCCCUUUUACAACCAGGAUCAUGAGAAGCUGUUUGAGCUCAUCCUCAUGGAAGACAUCCGUUUUCCACGGACACUCGGCCCUGAGCCCCGAUCGCUGCUCUCUGGUCUUCUUAAGAAGGAUCCAAUGGAAAGGUUAGGCGGAGGGCCUGAUGACGCCAAGGAAAUCAUGCAGCACAAAUUCUUUGCUGGGAUAAAUUGGCAAGAUGUUUAUGAAAAAAAGCUCGUCCCACCGUUUAAGCCCCAAGUUACCUCAGAGACGGAUACCAGAUAUUUCGACGAAGAGUUCACAGGACAAACCAUCACCAUUACGCCACCCGGACAAGAUGACAGUAUGGAGUCAUUUGACAGCGAGCGACGACCCCACUUCCCACAGUUCUCCUACUCUGCCAGUGGGACAGCCUAAUAUGCAAAUCUCAAGCAUUCCUCCAGUCCCACAGUCAUUCCUCCUCUCCAUCCGACUGCACUCUCAAAAGGCCCCAGCCUCCUCUGCCUAGUCCUCCCCCGGCAUUGUCUGCACAAGCCCUCCCUCAGCCCCCCAUCGGAUGUCUCAGUCUGCGAGCCGUCGUUGUUGUUGUUUUCACAGGAUGGAGGAAGUACGAAACAAAAAGCAAGAUAAACGAGCUUGUUUUUGGUGGCCUUUGAAGACGGACCAUGGAGAAAACACUAUCCCUGCAUUUCCUGGUUGUUAUGCUGUACAGAGCAGGCAUCCCAUAAUGAAUGGGGAAAAUUUGCUAUGCACAAAUUGGGCUACUCCCAUAACUCAAUAAAAUAUGUUAUUGUUAUUAUUUUUUUGUAAAGGGGUUGUGUGAAUUCAAUAAAAUAUCAACCAUUUCAAAUAGGUUCUAGGCAUGCUGUGGACCAAAAACAUCAUGUAAAGCAGAGAGUGUGUUGUUUGUUGAGUUGGUGAUUUAUCCAUGUUUCCUGAGUCUCUUCAGACAAUGUUUGGCCUCAUAAAAAUGAAUGUACUGCAUCAAAUAAAGUUAAUCUUCCUGCAUAAUGUGUUGUAACACAUGCCUAAUUCCCUAAAAUUGAAAAAAGCCAUCUUCGCUUUAAUCUACCCUUAAUGCAAAACCAGUCUAAUGUAUUGUCAUUCCACGCCACAACGGGUCUGAUUAAUCGGCAGUGCAAUACAGUCUAGUAUGAUGCGAAUAACUCGAGCAAGACUGAUCUCUUUUUUUUUUUUUCUUUUUUUUUUUUCUUUGCACAUCACAGACCCACUGUUUCCUGUACAGGCUAAUAAAAAGAAAGCAUCUCCAGGUCCUGACAUAAGUGCUUAUACUCCUGGUGCCUUUUCAUCUGGAUGCUCCUUCUGCUCCGAAUUCCUUUCCUUUGGGUUUUUCCCUCUGUGUACAGUACACUAUUGGGUGUUAUAUUCCACCUGGUGCAUAUGCUGCAGCCUCAGUGAGGUCACUUCAACAUAAUACACUUCUUUAGGAGUACUUCGCAAGCAAACUAGGCUUCAUGGGGAAACCCAGUCAUCUUUGUUUUGCUUUUUUAAGGGGACCUUUACCCCACUCAUGAGCUUCUGAGUUAUUUAUGAGACCAAUAUGGAUGAAACGGAGUUUCACUGUGCCAAUGAUAUGCACUUUGUUACCCAAAAAUGAUUGUAUUAGGAACCCCCUAUGUGUAACUUAUGGCUGGUAAAGACUAAAUUAGCUUCCUUUUUCUAAGACUUCAUGUGUUUGAAGCAUUUCUUCUGCUGAGGCUCAAACUGAUGCUCCUCUGCCAGAAGUUACUGGAAGCAUUUCAGUAUUUUUUUUAACAACAAAUGAUAAUCAUACUUCAAAAGUGCAUAUUUUCAUUGAAUGUAAUGGUUUUAAUAUUGUUUUUUCUUCAGUUGUUGACAAACCUUUGUUCACUCUUUCAUUCUGUUUGUUACUCCUAUGCACACUCCUCUCUUGGCUGUCACCUGAAAAUAGGGAAAGAAAAUUCAUUUUAUAUUUUUUACUGCAACUUUUUUUUGUACCUGCCCCUCCUGUAUUCCUGAGGCCGAAGACACCAGCUUUAGUAAACAAAUAAUAUAAACUUUGUACACUGUUUUUACAUGUUUCCUUCUCAAUUGAUGAAAUAAAAGGUCUUAUCAGUU